AUAAUAUAGCUCGAACACCUAAAUCACAUAUUAUUAAUACUAUUCCACAUUCACCUCCAUCUAGUAGACCAUAUCCGCAACCGGAUAAGGAGGAGGUGAUGUAUAAGCUUAUUCAGGAGUUUUUAACAGCAGGUCUCAUUACUCAAUCUAAUUCUCCGUAUGCUGCUCCAGCAAUACUUGUUAAGAAAAAAGAUCAAUCAUAUAGAUUAGUAGUUGAUUAUAAACGACUUAAUGCUAUAACCAUUAAAGAUUCUUCGUCACUUCCAAAUAUGGAAGAUACUUUAAGGAAGUUAGGAAAAGGUUUCAGCUAUUUUUCUAAACUUGAUCUUAAAUCAGGUUUCUAUCAGAUACCAAUAGACGACAACGAUAAAGAAAAGACAGCUUUCAUAACACCAUUCGGUCUUUAUCAGUUUAACGUACUCCCAAUGGGAUUACGUAAUUCUCCUCCGACUUUUCAAAAAGUCAUGACUGAUACACUGAAGUCGUGUCGUUCGUUUUGUCUCGUUUAUCUAGAUGACAUAAUAGUGUUUUCAACAUCCUUUUGGGAGCAUCUAGAUCACUUAAAACAAGUAUUUUCAGCAUUACAAUCAAAAAGCUUAGUAUUAAACCCGCCUAAAUGUGAAAUAGCUGUUAGACAAAUCGAUUAUCUCGGCCAUACUAUUACUAAAGAUUGUAUUAAGCCAAUGAGAGCAAAAAUAGACGCUAUUUUAAAUAUAGAAGAACCGCACACCUUAGCUCAAGCUAAUCGCUUUCUAGGAUCUUUAGGAUGGUAUCGGAAAUUUUUACCGAAAUUUGCCGACAUAGCUGCCCCAAUACAUGCUGUUACUAAUCUAACAAAAUCUAAUCGACGAAAAUUUAAAUGGGAAAAUCCUCAGUCAGAAGCUUUUCGACAGCUUAAGCAGAUGCUUAUUACUGAGCCUUUAUUUUUACACUAUCCUGUAGAUCAUUUACCUUUGAUUCUAACUACAGAUGCUAGUGAUAUAGGUAUUGGUGGCGUUUUACAGCAAGAAGUAAACGGCAAUAUUCAUAAUCUUUAUUAUCAUUCUCAACUUAUGACAACGUGUGAGAAGAAAUAUAGUACUAUAGAAAAAGAAGCACUAGCUAUUUAUAAGUGUUUAGAACGUAUGAGAUCUUUUGUUCUAGGACGUAGUAUAAUUAUCAUGACUGAUCAUUGUCCGUUAUGCUACAUUAUGCAAAAGUCUAUAAAAAAUACUAGAGUCAAUAGAAUAACUCAUUUAAUUCAAGAAUACAAUAUUGAUAAGAUAGUACACAUUCAAGGUCGUUAUAAUUGUCUACCGGACUAUCUUUCUCGUUAUUCUAAAGAACAAGACGAUGCGUUAUUUGAUAUUGACUAUGGACUAGCUAGUAAAAAUAAAUCAAAAAAUUUUAGUCAGCGAAAACUUGUAGCAGCUAUGACUCUACGACCACGUAAAAAACAACCUAUAGCUACAAACAAUCAACAAUCCAUUGAGAAUCAUAACAUCAUUUCUCAACAGUUCGAUACAUUAUCUCAGUCCGAAGAUAUAAAAAAGAACAAAUCAUCUUCUAAUCUUUCAUGUAACUAUUUCGAUAUAGCGAAGUUAAAAAUUGAACAACAACGAGAUCCUCAAAUACAAAAGAUAGUUCAAAAUUUUAGUUUAGAAUCUACUAAGAAUUCCUUUCUAUUCAAAGAGGAUAUAGUUUAUAAACUUAUUUCAUUAAAUAAAUAUUCUCAUAAAAAGAUUAAAGUUAUAUAUUUACCUACUUCUAUGAUAGAGUCAUUGUUGCGAGCAUCGCAUGAUGAUCCAAUGUCAGGUUCACAUUUCGCUACAGAUCGAAUGUAUUAUAAAAUUCGUACUCAUUUUUGGUGGCCAAAAAUGAAAACCACCAUUCAACGUUAUGUAAAGUCUUGUAGUUUAUGUACACAAUUUAAUUUAAGUCGUACUAAGAAAUAUGGUCAUUUACGUUCUAUUCCACCGCCAGAAGGACCAUUAGCAUUAAUAGGUAUUGAUUUCUGUGGACCUUUACCUAGAACUCCACGUGAGAACCAAUAUGUACUUGUUAUUACAGAUUAUUUUACGAGACAUAUAACUGCAAUAGCUCUUCCUAAUUGUACAGCCGAAACUACAGCACGCGCCUUAUUUGAUGAUUUUUUCUGUAAAAACUCAUAG